UCUCAUCUUGUUCAUAAAGUAACCAUCUCUCUCUCUCUCUCUCAUGAGAUGAGUGCAGAGGCUGAAAUUGUGAAAUUCCUACUGGAAUUGCUAAUGAAGGAGUGGACGGGUUUUAGGAAUCUGAAACUUGGGGCACCAAAUGAGUUCAAGAAUCUCAAAGCAGAGCUUGCUAAGUUAGAGGCAUUCCUUCAGCAGGAGCAGAGAGUAAACUUCCUAGUGGAGAAUAAGAUCCGAAAUCUUUAUUAUGAAGUGGAAGACGCCAUCGAGCUUUGGUUGACCAAGAAAGAUGUUGCAAAGAACAAGGGUUGGUUUAACCGAAUGAAGGGUGUUUUUAGCACUGAAAUAGAACAAAAGAUGAAGCUCCUUAGGAAAGAAAUACCACCAAUUAUGGAUGAAAUCAAAAAGGAGAACAUUGAAAGAGAACAAAUACAACCAGCUGUGAACCUGAUCAAGCAAGAGAGCGUUGAAAUAAAAGAAAACAAGUAUAGCCCCAGCACCAGCUCGCAAGUGCAGAUCCCCAUCCCCGUCCCCGUGAAAGUGACUAUGGUUCACGAAGAAAAGCAAGGCGUUGGAGCUGGCGACAUAUUGGAAAUGGAUCAGUCGUUCGGGGCCUUUGAGCAAUCUUCAUGGAAACCGUCAGACUUGGACAAUAACCUUGUAAGUUUUCAAGAGGAAGACUCAAUUAUUAACAAGCUAUUGGAUCCAAGUGAUAGACUUGAAGUUAUCAGCAUCACGGGUAUGGCUGGUAUUGGGAAGACAACACUUGCACGGAAGAUUUAUAAGCAUCAAAUGGUUGUUACUAGAUUCAAAUUCCGCUUCUGGAUUCAUGUUUCUGAAAAUUUCAAUUUAAUGGAGGCACUUCGUUACAUCAUGAAUGAAAUAGCUGUCAAAGCCAUGGUUCUCAAAGACGAGGGUGUCUUGAUGAACUCAGUUAAAGGGAGUUUGAAAAAUAAAGAGUUCUUGCUAGUUGUUGACAGCGUAUGGAGUAUGGAAGAUUGGGCAAGAAUAAAAGCAUUUUUGCCUAACGACAGGGGCAAAGUCUUAUUAACCACUUGUGAUGCUGACAUUGCGUCAUCUGCUAAUGUUUACAGAGAGCCUUACCGUCUAGGUGGUUUAAGCCAAGAGGCAAGUUUUGAACUUCUGAUAUUACAGGUUUUCGACAAAGUUGAAGAUUGCGAUAAAGAAUUGAUAAAGGUCGGGAAUGAUAUAGCUAAAAGAUGUGAUGGAAUGCCAUUGGUAAUUAAGCUGAUUGGAGGAUUCCUUAAGCGUAUUGUUGCAAAGAUCAAGCCAGUCACUGCGAUUGAAGAUGAAUGGUUAAAAGUAUUAACCACAGUGAAUGAGAUUCUAAAUCAAGAUCCAGAGAAAUCGAUCUCGGAUUUGUUAGAUAUGAGUUACAAGAGACUGGAUCAUGAUCAGAGGACUUGUUUUCUUUAUUCAGGGUUGUUUCCUGAAAAUCAUGAGAUCCCAGUUUCAACAUUGACACAAUUAUGGAUUGCAGAAGGAUUCAUAAAAUGGAGGGAAGGGGACAAUGAGAGCUUAGAAGAAAAGGCAGAGAAGAUUCUGAAUGUUCUUAUACAAAUGAACUUGUUAACGGUGACAAAGAAAGAUCUUGAACAAGUUAAGACAUGCUUGGCUCAUGACAUGAUACGUGAGUUUUGUAGAAAUAAAGCCAAGGAGGAAAAUUUGUUCCAAGUGAUAAACGGAUCAAUCGGAGGAGGACCUGAUCCUCCAAAUGCUAAACCACCAGAGUUUCGUCGUCUUUGUUUCAACUCUGAUCCCACAGAGUUUCUUACUAAUUGCCCUAAAGAUCUGACUGCAAAGCGUGUCCGCUCGCUUCUAUGUUUCUAUAAGGAAUCUAUCCAGCAGACUGUGACUUUUCCAGAAGUCUGCUAUUAUCUUAGGGUUUUGAACUGCAGGUCCACCAAAUUCCUAAGUUUUCCGGCGGUUAAAAAACUUAUCCUUUUGAAGCACAUUACUCUCCAUAUUGAAAAUCUCCAAGUGCUUCCCAAAUAUAUCUCCCAUUUGGUCAACCUACAAACGCUGAUAGUUGACACAAAACUACAAGUCAUUACUAUCCAAUCAAACAUUUCCAAGAUGAUCCGUUUGAGGCGUUUCAAAACAAAAGCAGCAAUUUUCUUAGAUGACAAAAAAUGGAAAGCUAAAGCAUGUCACAAAUUGCAAACAUUCAGCAGAUUGUCACCGGAAUCGUGCAAGCAAGUUCUGGCUAAAAGGGCCCCACAUCUCAAAGCACUGGGGGUUCGUGGGAAAUUAACUAAUCUUGCUGAUGUCAUGUUCUUGAAAGAUUUCAGAAAGCUGGAAAAGUUGAAGCUGAUGAAUGAUCUAGAUGAUCAAUCAAAACCUUCACCGUUCCUUGUUGAGCUGAAUCUAUUUUGCCCACCGAAUCUCACUAGUCUCACCUUAGUGAAGACAGGCACAGACCUGAAAUGGGAUGUUCAUAUGCACUUGUUGGCAAAGAUGGAGAAACUGAGAAUCCUCAAGUUGAAAGAUAAUGCAUUCACUGGAGAGGAAUGGAUUGUUGAUGAGGCUGAUAUAUUUCCUUGUCUCGAGUUCUUGCUCAUCGAGAAAUCUGGGUUGGUUAAGUGGAUUGCCUCCAAGUCUAAUUUUCCAAAACUCAGGUCACUUGUGAUCAAGAAUUGUGAAGAACUGUCAGAAAUCCCAGAGAGCCCCAGUGAACAUCUUGAGAGUUUGGAGAUCGACCUGGUCAAGAAAUCUAUUGUUGAGUCUGCCAAGAGAAUUGAGGAAAUACAAACCGAACAGAAUCAAAACCGCACGAGGGAGAUUCCAUUCAAGCUCACCACUGGCGCUCGAUGUGAUCUACGUCUUAUCAGUGAAACAAUCAAUCCAAGAGGAUGAGCCAUAGUGCUAUGUUCAAAGGCCUGAUAUCAAGUCUUCUGCUUGCUGCAUAUCGUUUGUCUUGUUUCUACCAUCGUAUCUGUUGUGUUCAAAAGGGACUCCUGUGCUUUGUGUCGUCUCUGUGAUAACCUUGGUUUUACAUUGUAAUCUGUGUGAUGGAUUUAUAUUAAUAAUCUUGGAGUGUUUACAUUGUAAUCUGUGUGAUGGAUAACCUUGGUUUUUUACAUUGUAAGCUUGUUUUUUUCUAAUUGUAUUGUACACUUUUGAUGGAUGGAUAAAUUAACAUAUUUGGGCGUCCAUUAAUUAUAAGAGUGAUUAGUGGGUUUUUA